AUGCCACGUUUGAGUAAUUUUUUUAGGGGGGCAAGCAGGAGCCUUGCGACGGUGACAAAGGAGGUGACAGAGGAGGUGACGCAGGGUGAGGUUGGUAAGAUGUCGGUACAGGAGAAGAUCUUCAAGUUGACUGAGAAUGCGAUAGCGGAGGGUAAGGCGCACUUCCGUGUGGGUGGGAAACAAUUGUAUUUCCCUAAGGCACGGGUGAUUUUGUUGAGGCCUAAUGCGAAGCAUACGCCGUACCAGGCGAAGUUUAUUGUUCCCAAGUCGUUCAAUAAGCUAGAUCUUCGGGAUUACCUAUUUCACAUAUACGGGUUGCGUGUGUUAAACGUAACUACACAGCUUAUGCAUGGGAAGUUCGUGCGUGAGAGGCUGUUAGGGCCGAGGUAUCGGGCGCCGCAGAUUAAGAAGAUGACGGUGGACAUGAUGGAGCCCUUCAUUUGGCCGGAAGAACCUAAGGAGACUCGUGCAUGGAUGGUUCCUUACUACAAGGAGUUGGGAAUAUACGCUAAUGACAAGAUGAGAAUGGGAUCGGAUGCAGAAAGGCCAAGUACUGCUUUUGGAGGUGCACUGGGCCCUUAUAAGGCUGUUGCACAGCCAUUUGUCCCAAAGAGACUGCAGAGUCAGAUUAUCAACAAGAAGAAUAGAAUGCAAGCCAAACUGGCAUACCUAAGUAAGCUUCUGAAGGUGGACAGAUAUGCUUCCUAG